ACUUUCUAGCUUGAUUUUUGAGAUUUAUAUAAAUAAUAAUUUGAGCCAACCUUUCAAGUUCUAACUUCUAAUUUAUUUUAAAAGAACUUAAUUGCUUUUUUAGUCAACAAGGUCAAAUAUUGUAAACUUGUAGUAGCAUAUUACCGCCCGUUCCCUUUUAUAUGCAUUAAGAGCAGCCGAGUUGAGCUAAGCCAACCCAAAAGCAUGGAAAUGGAAGCAAAAGUUGUGAAGAACUCAAGAUUCAAGAGGGUCUGUGUGUUUUGUGGAAGCAGUACAGGAAAAAGAAACUGCUACCGUGAUGCCGCCAUUGACCUAGCUCAAGAGCUGGUUGCUAGAAGGUUAGACCUGGUUUACGGAGGAGGUAGUAUUGGGUUAAUGGGAUUCGUAUCUCAAGCUGUUCAUAAUGCUGGUGGAAAAGUUCUUGGGAUUAUCCCAAGAACUCUGAUGAACAAAGAGAUUAUUGGUGAGACGGUUGGAGAAGUAAGGCCGGUAGCUGACAUGCAUCAAAGGAAAGCAGAAAUGGCCCGCCAUUCCGAUUGUUUUAUAGCUCUUCCAGGUGGAUAUGGAACUUUGGAGGAGUUAUUGGAAGUCAUCACAUGGGCUCAGCUUGGAAUACAUGACAAACCUGUGGGUUUGCUUAAUGUUGACGGCUAUUAUAACUACCUUCUUACUUUCAUCGACAAAGCCGUUGAUGAUGGUUUUAUCAAGCCUUCUCAGCGCAACAUCAUUGUCUCUGCACCAAACGCUAAAGAACUUGUUCAAAAGCUUGAGGAAUACGUGCCUGUGCAUGAUGGAGCCAUAGCCAAGGCAAUGUGGGAGGUUGAGACACAGCAGCAAGUGGCGUUUAAUGCUACAACUUUGCAGACUGAGGUCGCUCUAUAAAGAGAGACAGAUCAACAGAAGAUGAAGAUAAAAAGAAUUUAAAAAAAUUAAAAAGUUAGGGGAAAAGAACUUCAAGUCCUUUGAUUUAUUAUUAAUCUCAUUUUGGGUCAUAUACCAACCAUGAAUGAAACCAUAAUGGUAUGUGAAAGGUUUGAAUGACUGCAAGACAUUGACAAAAUUAAGUGGGUCUUUUUUGUUUGUUAAAAGCAACUUUUUAGAGGAAGAAAAAGCUAGUUUAGAUCAUUAUUAUUAUUUAGUUUGGUAUGAUGAUUAAGCGUUGCAUUUUGGCAUCUCCAAUUAAGCACAAUGAUUAUUGAUGAAAUUAAGGGAAAAAAAAGUCCAAAAAUUAUAAGACUUUAAUUCUUUAUGCUAAUGGAAAAAUAUGCCUUGCCUCCUCCCUAACUAGAGCCUGCAUGGUGGUUUUAUUAA